UUAUAUCAGAUUAUACAACUAUUCAAAUUCAAAAUUUUUACUAUUUAAAUCCCAACUCAAAUUUCAAACCCGAACAAACACACCCUAAUAUUACCCCGAGCAAAGAACUGUUCAAUCUUACGUUAGGUGUAUUUACUCAGCUAAAUCUAAAGAUCAACCACUUCACAAUAUCAUCAACUAGUCAUUACUUCUAAGAGGCAUUCUGAAAUUUAUUUAUUUAUUUUGGAGCAAGUUGAGGUAUCUAGUUGCUGCUGUUUCUGCAACAUCUGUACUAUAAAUAUGGAAUAAUCAAUCUACACAAGAAUAAACAACCAAACAACUCUACCGAUCAUCACGGAAACCAUAUUCUAAUCAGCGCCAUUGAAGAAGAAGACGAAGAAAGGAUAAGGAAAAUUCAAAAAUGGUACCUAAAUCCUUUGACAGAGAUGCAGCUCGAUUCAAGCCGCUGGUUAACCACAAAUCGCACAGGAUUUCGAAAUUGAAGCCAAAGAUACGCAUAAUUCACUUAAUCGAACCGGAAAUCAUAACGACUGAUGUGCAAAAUUUCCGAGAGCUUGUCCAGAGACUUACCGGUAAACCAGACGCAGAAAUCAAUCGAAGAGCGUACCUGAGGUGUAAUAAUAAUAAUGCCUCGCCGCGUGGAAACAAGCCGUCGACGAGCUCGGAAUCAGAGCGGAGCGCAGAGAGAGUGAAGACGGAGAAGGAAGAUUUCUGUGAAGGAGAGAUGAUUUCAGAUCUGUUUCUGAGUUUUCUGGAAGAUUCGGAUGCGUUUAUCAUCAAUGGAAUUGGAAUGGAUCAAUUUCCAAAUCUGCUCUCUGAAAUCAAUGCAUUUGACGCAGAGCUCCCGCCUCUCUGUUGAAAACUCAUCGCUGCGGUUACCAUUUUUAUCUUCGCAGACAAAUUUUCGAUUUUUUUGGGUGGGUUUGAAAAUAGUUUUUUUUUUUUUUUUUUUAAUAGAUUAAAGUAAAUAUUGGUUGUGGUUUUUUUG